AUGCGAAAGCCCCUGCACCUUCCUGCAGCCAUAAAACCGCAACGGCAGACAAAACCAAAGUCGCCCGUGGCAGCGGCCUCGUCGGAACCACACGCCGUAGGGUUUUAUGUCCGUGACGCGAUCUCCGGCCGGAGGAUGCUGGUGGAUACAGGGGCGAUGCACUCGAUAUUCACGCCAUUAGGAAAAGACCGUAGCAGCGAGCAUGACAAACCAACUGCCCUCGUUGCUGCAAACAGGACCCCCAUCCAUUCCUAUGGCACGAAGUCCCUCAAGAUAUCCAUCUUGGGGCGAAACUACGUCUGGAAUUUCACCAUCGCAGACAUCAGGAUUCCACUACUGGGGGCGGAUUUCCUGGCGCAUAACGGCCUCCUGGUUGACGUGGGUCGCAAAUGCCUCCUCAGCACGGGGACAUGCCGUUCCUUACCGCUAGCAGCGGGCUCAGGCGCCCCCACAAUUUGUACAAUCACCCCCCACAAGUACGGCAACCUCCUGCAGGAAUUCCCCAAAGUUUUCAAACCGGAACGUCGUCAGGCGGCGGGGACGCCACCCAAGCACAGAAUAUUCCACCACAUCACCACCACGGGGCCCCCGACACACGCGAAGUUCUGA